GUUCUUUCAUGCCAACCUUGUGCCUCCCACCUCUUAUCUACUUCCUGAACUUGCUAGAACAACUUACGUAUUCUGCUGCGCUUCCUGUUGUCUUAUUAACAAAGCAUUCUGUGUGAACCUGUCGUUUUGACCCCCCAAGCCUGUCACCGUUGCUUGCUGAGCCACCGAUUGCGAUUGAGGCUUCAAAGAUUCGAAGUUAACACGGACUGGAGCUUGCCAAUCAACUAUGGCUAGCUCUGAUGAUGAAUCCUUCUUCUCUAACGAUGAAGAGCAUGCAAACCAGAUUUCUGAAAUACGAAGAUUCAGGGACCCGGUGCACGACUACAGUAUGUUGCUCUUUGUCUCCGACGCUUUUGUGGACUGUUCAAUGUUGAAGAAUGGGCAACGUCUGAUAUUAAUGAGUACUGCAGGAAACAAUUCCAGCGUCUUCGACAUAUCAAACAACUCGGGACGUCAUACUACGUCUGGCCUGGCGCGUCUCACAACAGAUUUGAACACUGUCUAGGUAGAGCUUCUCAAAUACCAUUAUCUCCUUAUAUGCGCUUUGAGCCCAAGUAAUUGACAUCGUCGCUAACGGGAAUUGACAGGUGUCGCGUACUUAGCACAAACUAUGGUCCGGCAUUUGCAGCAUUCUCAACGCGAACUGAAUAUCUCAGACAAAGAGGUUGAGCGUGUGACUAUUGCGGGCCUCGUCCAUGAUUUGGGACAUGGACCCUGGAGUCAUGUCUGGGAUUCGUUAUUCAUUCCCAAAGCUCUGCCCGACUCGACGUGGAAGCAUGAAGACGCGUCGGAAAUGAUGUUCGACGACCUUAUUGCCACCAACAACCUUUCUCACUCGAUUGAUGACACGGCGAGAACAUUAAUCAAGGACCUCAUACGUGGGAGGAGAGAUGAAAACAAAGCAGCGAAGCCUUUUUUGUUCGACAUCGUCGCGAACAACCGAAAUGGUUUGGAUGUAGAUAAGUUUGACUACAUCGCAAGAGAUACGAGAGCUGUGGAUGACAGGACCUUCACAUCCGUCUCUCGGCUGAUUCAUUCAGCAAGAGUCAUCGACGACCAGAUUUGUUAUGAUAUCAAGGACGCCAAUCAAGUCUACGAGCUUUGUUAUACUCGAUUCAGCUUACACAAGAGGAUAUACAAUCACAAGACUGCGAAGGCUAUCGAGUAUAUGAUCGUGGAUACUUUACUGGCCGCAGAACAACACAUGAAGAUAGCAGAAAGGAUACGUGACCCUAAGCGAUAUGUAUACUUAACGGAGAGUAUCUUGACCGAAAUUCAAGCGAGCACGGCGCCGGAACUCGAGAAGGCCCGUAAGAUCUGUGAUCGCAUUGCCAGUCGAGACUUGUACAAGUCUGUCGAUUAUAAGGUGUUCCCCUGGGCGCACAUGAGCCAGUGUUCCGAUUACUUCACACCGGAAAAUAUCGUACAGGCUGCCAAGAACCUUAAAGUCCCGGAUGACGAUCGUGUGGAGGACAAGAUUGUUGCGGAACUUGGCCCGGAGCAUGUCAUUGUGGAUCUCGCGCCCAUGCACUAUGGCAUGGGUGAUAAAAAUCCGCUCGAUUCUGUCAAGUUUUAUUCCAAACGAAACCCCAAAUCUUGUCGCGCGGCUGAACCUGGGGACAUCUCCCUUUUGAUGCCAGCCGUUUUUGGGGAAGUUAUGUUGAGAGUAUAUACCAGAGAAAGCCGCUUUUUCGGACUUGUCCAAGCUGGAUACAGAGAAUGUCUGAAACAGUUUAAUCCCGAAGGGAUGUCUCAGUCUACCGAUGGCACCAAGACACCCAUCCUGGAUUCUGGCACAGCAGCCUCGAGCAGCUCGUCUGUAGCCAGUCUUUCUACACGAUGGCAGGAUAACAAGUUCACUACUGUUGGCAUAAACUUUCAGCCACCGUCGCCUGGUAAGGGCACCAAGAGGGGACUCGGAAGGGAGGGUAGUGGAGGAUCAGCCAAGAAGAGAGCAGUCAGCCACGGGACUAGUACAUUCAAGUUGUCGACGUUAUAAGAGCACGAGUAAGAACUGUGUUCUCUCGAUGCUGCGGGAGACUUCUAUAUACACAUGGACAGUACCUACGUACUGCAUACAUACCUAGCUAUCGAUCCAGGACUAUGCGGUUACAAUGCACUAUCGUAUAACACGAAGAACAGUGAAAUGAGGAGUAAAAUAACGUUU